UACUGGUUAGUUUGCGACGGUCGCCUCUGCUCGCCAGGCAGUCCUGGACGGGGAUUUUGCAUCCCGAGAAGACGGUGUCGCCCUAACACCUCCCCUGUUCAUCCUCUUGCUAUUUUGGUCCGGAUGCCGGUGAUAUCACUAGCGAAUAUGGACGUGUUUGUGCUAGCUGUGAGUUGUGAGCCGAUCAGCAGAUGCGGCGACAUUUCUGUGCAAUCGUCGAAAUUGGUGGAACAAAUCCACGACCAGACCAUCGUCAUGUCGUUCCCCACUCUCGGCGUUGUGCCACACCCGUCUGGCUAG